GGAUUUCCGGUUCCAUCGACCAUCGAGUUUGCUUCUGAUUCUAAUGGUCAACCUCUUCUUGCUGUUAGUUCUCUUUCGCCUCACACAAAGAACAUGGAAUGCAAUCCAAAAUGUUCUCUCCUUGUUGCUAGAGAUCCUCUCGAUAAAUCGGACACCUCCAUCACUGUUGUUGGAGAAGCUUCAUACGUAUCGGGGGAAGACUGGAAAGAAGCUCGCGAAGUCUACUUGAAGAAAUAUCCGCACGCGUUCUGGGUGGAUUUUGGCGACUUUAAGAUCGCAAAGAUCAAGCCAAAGACAGUGCGUUUUGUGUCUGGUCUCAAAACUGGCCACGCCGACGUUGAAGACCUCAGUUCCGACAAUUUCCAAUCCGCCAAGGUCGAUCCUAUUUCUCAGUUCUCAACACCGAUAUCGUCACACAUGAACAAAGAUCAUUCGGCCGACACGCAAGCUAUUGUAGAGCACGUUGUUGGAGUCAAGGUGGAUCAUGCGUUCAUGCUGGACGUUGAUUCGCUCGGUUUCUACGUAAAGGCUGCAAUUCAAGGAACACCAACAAAAUUGCGCAUUCCUUUCCCCAGAGCUGCACAAGACCGCAAGGAUGUGAAGACACUCAUAGUCGAAAUGCUAAGCGCUGCGAGAGCUACUACUACUGUCUGAAAAAGACCUUGUUAGGGCUUUACAAGCAUAGCAUGGCGAGAGCUAUCACCUCCACUUCGAAAUGGGUAACUUGUUCCAUUCGUUCGAAGCCUGCUGCCAUUGACGUUCCAGGUAAGAAAAAUCCAACGCCUGGAAUGGCCUGGAGGCGCUCACGAACUAGAUUCUUCCAUGCAAUGCCACCAAUCAGUCUCUAUGGCUCGAAACUCUCAAAGUCAGCUGGAAGAAUAGCUGAAAAACCGGCCGUUCUUCCAUCGACAGCAGCAGCAGCUUGGAGUGAGGAAGAGCUGAGAAUAGUGGAACAGGAUCUAGAAGGAGAUGGUCUUCCAGGCAGAUGGUCUCAAGAGGUGCCAGACGAGGACGUGAAGGUUCUCACAAAGUUUCGGAGCCGCCACAACUUGGUCCAAGUGCUCGAGAUCUCCCGGCGUGCGGACUCCACACUAGCGGGGUCGCGAGUGUUGCUCCUGGACAGGCCGGGCAACAUCCACAGCGUCCACUUCUUCUUCAAGGUCCUCACAGGCUCGUACUACGACUCGUUCGCGAUGCUGCCGCCUCUAAUUCCGCCGGGGCCGAUCGCCAUCCUGGGUCUCGGCGCUGGAACCGCCGCGAGGAUCAUCCAUCACUUCUGGCCGCGGCUGGAGAUCCACGGAUGGGAGAUGGACGCUUCCGUGGUCGGAGUUGGAAGGCGCUACUUUGGAAUGCUGGACUUGGAGAAUGGAAAGCCGAGCAACUUAGCAGGCAUGGACGAGGACGAGGAAGACAAUGACUCGAGUUACUCCAGUGGAGAAGAACUUGGGAAGCUCGUAGUUCAUAUCGGCGACGCUCUGGCUCGCGACGCGGUCGUGCAAGGUGGCUUUGCGGGGAUCAUCGUCGACCUCUUCUCGCAAGGCAGAGUUAUAUCGCCGCUCCAGCGAGCUCGGACAUGGCGGGAGCUCGGCGAGAGGCUCAAGCCGGGAGGCAGGAUAAUGGUGAACUGCGGAGGAUCGUGCGUGGAGGCCGAGGAUCGCAGGGACGGGGAUGCGACCAUGAGAGAGACGGUGGCGGCGUUGAUGGAGGCGUUUCCUGGCGGGGGAGUGAGCACCCGGACGUUCUUACCGCACGAUAACUGCGUCGCCAUGACUGGAGCUUUCCCAGAUCUCGCGGCGUGGAGGCGAGAGCUGCCGAAGUGCUUGUGGCCUGGAGUUUCCGAGUGGAGGCCAACGAGCUAGCUAGAAAAAAUGGUUUUUUUUCUCUAGAAACCAAGAUCUCGUUAUCAACUUUUC